AUGUUCAAGAGGAAAUCGGUCGCCGAACGGCGGGAGUUUGUCAUUAAGAAAGAAUUAUGUUUUGUUUGUCUACGUCCGGAUCAUGAAGCAAACUCCUGUAAGUCAGCGUACUUGUGCAAAACUUGUGAAGGACGACACAGUGUAUUGCUCCAUUUAGAUUCAAAACAUAAGGGUUCAGGGAAAACAUCAACACCUAAUGCAAUGGCAAUUUCAAAACCGAUUGAAAGCACCACAGAUCAGAACUGUACAGCUACUAACUUUUCAGGCGCUGUGAAAUCGGAUGUUAGUGUUGUACUGGCUACGGCGAUAGUGAGAAUACGAGACCAAUCUGGUGAGCUGGUGCCAGUGCGAGCUUUAUUAGAUACUGGAUCACAAAUUUCGGCCAUUACCAAUCAGUGUGCGAUCCAACUUGGUUUACCACGUCACAAGGGACGAGUAGAGGUUAGUGGUCUGGCACAGCAGCCCGUACGAACUGUUAAGGGUUCAACCAAUUGUAGCUUUAUUCCUUUGUUGUAUGAUGCACCGCAAAUAUCGGCCACCAAUAUUGUAAUAUUGCCAAAAAUCACCGCUCUUAUGCCGAAUCAAAAAUUACCCAUUUCAAUUCGUGAGCGAUACGGGCAUCUUCCACUCGCUGACCCCGAUUUUGAUGUACCAGGUUCAUCCCGGUCUGCCGUCAGCCUUGAACACACAGUUGGUUGGGUAAUAGUCGGAGCCAUAGAAGGGUCAAGAGAAUACUCUACGGCUUCAUCGUUGGUGGUUCAUGCGGCAUCAGAUAAUCAAAAUAUAGGUGAGCUUUUACAGCGAUUUUGGGAAGUUGAAGAACUUGAUAUAAACCAUAGCCCAAGCACAGAAGAUGAAGCAUGUGAAAGACAUUUUCAAGAAACAGUAUCGCGGGAUUUUAAUGGAAGAUUCCAUGUUGCUUUACCUUUCAAAUCCAUAAUUUCUAGUUCAAUGGAUAAGGGAAAUACAAAGCAUGACGCUCAUUCAUUAGGCCUAGGAUCGUCCCGGGCAUUAGCUCUGAAUCGCUUAUAUAAUCUUGAACGUCGCCUAAGUAAGGACGAAGAGCUAUAUAACGCCUAUCGUGAUUUUAUGGAUGAAUAUAUUGCACUAGGCCAUAUGAAGUUGGCUGAACGCACCGGAGAAUAUUUCAUACCACAUCACGCAGUUGUAAAACGGAAGGAGAAUGAUAUAAAAAUUCGAGUUGUUUUUGAUGCCUCCGCCCCUUCUUCGUCGGGACGUUCUCUAAACGACUGCUUAGCAACUGGGUCUAAAUUGCAAACCGAUAUCGGUGACAUUUUGUUGCGUUGUCGAUUCUAUAAGUACAUAUUCAUAGCGGACAUAGUUAAGAUGUAUCGACAAAUAUUCGUUCGAAAAGAAGACCGUGUUUACCAACACAUUCUUUGGAGACGUUCACCACACGAGCAAUUGGAACAAGAUAAUGGUCCAGAAUUUCCAUUGGCAAGGCAAUUUCUGCGGUCAUAUACCUAUGUGGAUGACAUUAUUGCAGGGGCCGAUACAAGGGAAGGCAUAUUGAAGGUGCAAUGUCAAGUCGUUGGGUUGUUACAGAAAGGCUGUUUUCAGCUCAGUAAAUGGGCCAGUAAUUGCCCCGAAGUAUUGGAAGGCAUUGCGAAGGAGGACUGCGCCAGUAACCCAUACUAUGAACCUCAUUCUGGACUGGCUAUAAAAAUAUUGGGACUUUACUGGGACCCGUAUGGAGAUACAUUCGGAUACAGGUCAAAUAUUACAGAGAUGCAACCUACAAAGCGAUCAGUACUAUCAGUCCUCGCUCGAUUAUAUGAUCCCAUUGGAACAUUAGGCCCAAUGGUUUUCUGGGCUAAGUGCCUAAUGCAAGAGCUAUGGCGCCAAGGACUGAACUGGGACACUCCAAUUUCCAAUGAGAUCUCUUCCAAGUGGAAUAUGUUCAUAGAAGAACUUACAUCGUUGGCGCACUUGAAAUUACUUCGUCAUAUUAGCAUUGGAAAAUGCAUAAAGGCUCAGUUAGUGGGGUUUGCAGAUGCGUCACAAAGGGGUUAUGCUGCGACGGUCUUUCUACGAGUAACGGACAAUCAAGGUCUUAUUAAAGUGCAUUUCAUUGCUUGCAAGUCAAAGGUUGCUCCGCUAAAGACAUCCAAGAUCGAUAAGUCUUUGACCAUACCCCGGUUAGAACUAUGUGCCGCACUUUUGUUAGCACGUCUCCUUUCACAUAAGAUGUCACUGUUAAAGGAAUUAGUAUCUGUACAAAGCAUCAAAGCAUUCUCUGAUUCAACGAUUGUUUUGUCAUGGUUAAAGGCCGAGCCCAAGGAUUUUAAAAUAUUUGUUACAAAUAGAGUAAACAAAAUAAAGGAGCUACUGCCACAAUGUGAGUGGAAUCACGUAAAAACUACGGAAAAUGCAGCGGACCCGGCAUCAAGAGGGUUACUCCCAAGCCAAUUAGUUGCUUCGCAGUUGCAUUUGAACGGUCCGGAAUUCUUACGGCAGCCCGAAGAACAAUGGCCGAGUCAAACUUUAACAAGACUUCCUUCCGAGCAACUUCCAGAUUACAAACAACCAGUGAAGUGUGUGUUGCAUAUCCUUAAAUGUAAAGAAUCAGAAGAGAUCUUCCGUCGUUUUUCGUCAUUAACGAGAAUGCAACGAACACUCGCGUAUGUAUGGCGCCUCAUUGACCGUUGCAAACGGAGGCCUGUAAGGAGGGGCCCACUUACUCAAAUUGAACUCAUCGAACACUUCUUAACAUUAUUAAGCUUACGCAAAAUUUUUAUUGGGAAGACUUACGGAAGCAACAAGGAAGGAUUAAUACGUGUCGGCGGUCGACUUCGUUUUUCGCUUCUGACCGAGGAAGCUAAGCAUCCGGUGUUGCUCCAUAAGGCUGCUCAUGUUACGCAGUUAAUCAUAAUCCAUUAUCAUAUGAGCCUUCUACAUGCCGGUCCAAAAUUAGUUAUGGCUAUGAUUCAAAGGAAAUAUUGGAUUAUGUCAGGACGUGCCGCCAUUCGGAAAAUUAUACAUACAUGUGUUAGAUGUGUGCGCCAUAGAGCUGCUUGCCCACAACCAGUCAUGGCAGACCUGCCUCCUGUACGAGUACAGCCUCAUAGACCAUUCGCAUUCGUUGGCAUGGAUUACGGUGGACCGUUUAUUGUGAAAGAAAGCCGUCGACGAGGUGCUAAGACUAACAAGGCUUAUCUUGCUCUAUUUGUGUGUCUGUCAGUAAAGGCAGUCCAUCUCAAGUGGUGA